AUGAGAUUAUUAUCAAAGGUAUUUGUUGCUGCUUUGGGUCUCUCUUCAAUUGUCAGUGCUGCUCCAACAAGUAGUAGUAGUGCAGAAGACGCCCAAAAAACUGUUCCUACCGAACUCACUUUAGGUGUCAAACAAGUGCCUAAUAUUUUAAAUGAUACUGCUGUUGAUGCUAAUGCUGCUGCUAAAGGUUAUUCGUUGGUGAAUGUUACUUUAACUGGUAGAGGAUUGACUGGUAUUUUGAAACUUAAAGAAGCUACCAAUAUUUAUGGUUAUGAUUUUGAAUAUUUGAACUUGUCCGUUGAAUACCAAAGCGACAAGAGAUUGAACGUUCAUAUUGAACCUACUGAUUUAACUGAUGUUUUUGUUUUACCAGAAGAACUUGUUGUUAAACCAAAACUUGAAGGUGAUGCUAACACUUUUAAUUUUGAGAAUUCCGAUUUGGUUUUUGAAUAUGAUGAAGAAGAUUUUGGAUUUGAAGUUUUGAGAAGCUCGACUCGUGAAGUUUUGUUCUCCACUAAAGGUAAUCCAUUGGUUUUUUCUAAUCAAUUCAUUCAAUUCAAUACCACUUUGCCUAAAGGUCACUCAAUUACUGGGUUAGGUGAAUCCAUACAUGGAUCUUUGAACGAACCAGGUGUUGUCAAGACAUUAUUUGCCAAUGACGUUGGUGAUCCAAUUGAUGGUAACAUUUACGGUGUUCAUCCAGUAUACUACGAUCAAAGAUAUAACACAAACACAACCCAUGGUGUUUAUUGGAGAACUUCAGCUAUUCAAGAAGUUGUUGUUGGUGAGACUUCUCUUACUUGGCGUGCUCUUUCAGGUGUUAUUGAUCUUUAUUUCUUUAGCGGUCCAGAUCCAAAGGAUGUUAUCCAACAAUAUGUCUCUGAAAUUGGGUUACCAGCCAUGCAACCAUACUGGGCAUUAGGUUACCAUCAAUGUAGAUGGGGUUAUGACACUGUUGAAUCACUUGAAACUGUUGUUGAAAAUUUCAAAAAAUUUGAUAUUCCUUUGGAAACCAUUUGGUCAGAUAUAGAUUAUAUGGAUGGAUACAAAGAUUUCACCAACGAUCCACAUAGAUUCCCACUUGACAAAUACAGAAAAUUCUUGGAUGACAUUCACAACAAUAGUCAACAUUAUGUUCCUAUAUUUGAUGCUGCAAUUUAUGUUCCUAACCCAAACAAUGCAACUGAUAAUGAUUAUGAACCAUUCCACUUGGGUAAUGAAUCCGAUGUCUUUUUGAAAAAUCCUGAUGGAUCAUUAUACAUUGGUGCUGUUUGGCCAGGAUACACUGUAUUCCCAGACUUUUUGAAUAAUAACACUCAAGAAUAUUGGAACAAAUUGUUCAAAGAUUGGUAUGAAAGAAUUCCUUUUGAUGGUAUUUGGACAGAUAUGAAUGAAGUCAGUUCAUUCUGUGUUGGUUCCUGUGGUACUGACAGAUACUACGACAACCCUGUUCAUCCACCUUUUGCCGUUGGUAAUUCCCCAACUCAAUACCCAUUAGGAUUUGACAAAACCAAUUCAUCUGAAUGGAAAUCAAUUUCAAAAUCUAUUGCUGCUACAGCAACAACUGAUAAAUCAUCACCAACUUCUUCAUCUUCUUCUUCCAUCGAUUCCAAAAACACUUUGGCUUCAGGUAAAGGGAAUAUCAAUUAUCCACCUUAUGCCAUCAAUCAUGCUCAAGGUGAUCAUGAUCUUGCAACACAUGCUGUAUCUCCUAAUGCCACCCAUGCCGAUGGAACUGUUGAAUAUGAUAUUCAUAACCUUUAUGGAUUUUUACAAGAAAGAGCUAUCCGUGAAGCAUUAUUGGAAAUCAACCCUGACAAAAGACCAUUUAUUAUUGGACGUUCAUCAUUUGCUGGAUCAGGUCAAAACAUGGGUCAUUGGGGAGGUGAUAACUCAGCUGAUUACUACAUGAUGUACUUUUCUAUCCCUCAAGCCUUGUCAAUGGGUCUUGCUGGUAUUCCAUUCUUUGGUGUUGAUGCAUGUGGUUUCAAUGGUAAUACUGAUAUGGAAUUAUGUUCUAGAUGGAUGCAAUUAGCCUCAUUCUUCCCAUUCUACAGAAACCACAAUGUUUUGGGUGCUAUUCCACAAGAACCUUAUGUCUGGGAAGGUGUUAUGAAUGCAACCAAGACAUCCAUUAACGUCAGGUACUCUUUGUUGCCAUACUAUUACACUUUGUUGCACGAAUCACAUGUUACUGGUAUUCCAAUUAUGCGUGCUUUCAACUGGCAAUUCCCUUACAACAAAGAAUUGGCAGGUGUUGAUACUCAAUUUUUCGUUGGUGAUGCAUUGUUGGUUACACCAGUAUUGGAACCAGGUGUCAACCAUACUAAAGGUGUUUUCCCAGGUGAAAAUGCUGUGUACUACGAUUUCUACACUCACAAGAAACAAGAGUUUACUGUUGGUAAGAAUGAAACUUUGAAUGCUCCUUUGGGUCACAUUCCAUUACACAUCAAAGGUGGAAACAUCAUUCCAACUCAAGAACCAGGUUACACCACCACUGAAUCAAGAAAGAAUCCAUUUGGAUUAUUGGUUGCCUUGGAUGCUGAUGGUGCAGCUUCUGGUAAAUUGUAUCUCGAUGACGGUGAAUCCGUAGAUGUUGAAGAAGCAUUGUACGUUGACUUUGUUGCAUCCAAGAACAAAUUGGUUGCUUCUGUUUUUGGUGAAUAUGAAGCUUCCCAACCUUUAGCCAAUGUUACAAUUUUGGGUGUUGAUGCUGAACCUAAGAAGGUUUCGUUUAACAACGAAACUAUAACCCACAAGUACGAAAAUGGUGCUGUACACCUUACUGAUUUGGAAAAAUUCACCAAAAACGGUGCCUUUGCCAAUGAAUUUACCAUCCAAUGGUAA